ACCAGGAGCAUCUUUUCUCUCACUCUCUGUUUGAAGAAUUGAAGAUGAAGCUCGCUGUGUUGGUUUCCCUGCUGGUUAUUGUACCAUUCCAGGUCGUAACUGCAUCAUGUGUCGGUAAAACUGUGGAAGUGUGGGUAGCCAAUGGCCAGUCUCUUACAGGGGAUGGACCCUUAAGCGAACCAGAUCCCUAUGUUAAGGUGAACGUCGGUGGUCAGACCAAACAGACCUUUGUCAUUCAUUCAAAUGCCAACCCAUCCUGGUGGCAGAAGUUUAUGUUUUACAAUCCUCGCAGCGACAUGAUGAGAAUAGAAAUCUGGGAGGCUGAUUCUGGACUUCGUGGCGAUGAUGACCACCUGGGAACAUGCAUGGAGCAACUUGUCUCAGGAGGUUCACAACUUCGCAGUGUACUAUGCAGGGCCAAAGACCAAGGUUUUGUCAGGGUCAUGUACAAAUGUUACUAAACGUAAGCUACUCUUGGAAAUGAAAGAGCACA